AAGCCUUAACAUAUGCAAAGUUUCAACACCUCCACUUAAGCCCUAACAUUUCUCUUUUAAGCUAUCUCUCCCUUUCUCUACCUAUACUUCUGUUUCUUCACCAUCACUGAUUUUCUCAAAUCGGUUCAGUCUCUAUGGCAACCCAUCGUUUUUUAUUAUUUUUCUUAGUUUUAGCAGUUUUUGGAGGUGGUGAAGGUGGUCGGUUGAACCAAAGGGAGUCAGCAAUCAUAAAGUUGCCAACAGAGAAAGAAGAACCGGCGGAGGAAGUUGGAACAAGAUGGGCUGUUCUAGUUGCUGGAUCAUCUGGGUACGGAAAUUAUAGGCAUCAGGCGGAUGUUUGUCAUGCAUAUCAAUUGCUAAGAAAAGGAGGAUUGAAGGAAGAGAACAUAGUGGUGUUUAUGUAUGAUGACAUUGCUAUGAAUGAGCUCAAUCCAAGGCCUGGUGUUAUCAUCAACCAUCCACAAGGUGAAAAUGUUUAUACUGGUGUGCCUAAGGAUUACACUGGCGAGCGUGUAACAACUGAGAAUUUGUAUGCAGUACUUCUUGGUAACAAGAGUGCUGUGAAAGGUGGCAGUGGGAAAGUCGUGAAUAGCAAGCCAGAUGACAGGAUCUUUCUUUACUACUCAGAUCAUGGAGGUCCUGGAGUUCUCGGGAUGCCAAACAUGCCUUUUCUGUAUGCAAUGGAAUUCAUUGAGGUCUUGAAGAAGAAACAUGCUUCAAAGGGCUACAAAGAGAUGGUUCUAUACAUAGAAGCAUGUGAGAGUGGAAGCAUUUUUGAAGGCAUAAUGCCCAAAGAUCUAGACAUUUAUGUCACAACAGCAUCAAAUGCACAAGAGAGCAGUUUCGGGACUUAUUGCCCUGGAAUGGAUCCUUCUCCACCUGCAGAGUACAUCACUUGCUUAGGGGAUUUGUACAGUGUUGCUUGGAUGGAGGAUAGUGAGACCCACAAUUUGAAAAGAGAAACCAUAAAGCAACAGUAUGACAUGGUCAAGGAAAGGACUUCCAAUUUCAAUACUUACAGUGCUGGAUCCCAUGUGAUGCAAUAUGGGAACACAAGCAUCAUAACAGAGAAGCUUUAUCUAUAUCAAGGUUUCGAUCCUGCCACAGAGAACUUCCCUCCAAAUGAACUUCGGAGUGAUACUCAAAUGGGAGUUGUGAACCAAAGAGAUGCUGAUCUUCUCUUUAUGUGGCAUAUGUACAAAAAAGCAGAUGGAUUAGGGAAGAAAUCACAAAUACUGGAGCAGAUUACAGAGACAAUGAGGCACAGGAAUCACUUAGAGGGGAGCAUUGAAAUGAUUGGAGUGCUUCUAUAUGGACCAAAAAGAAGUGGUGGAAUCAUUAAUUCAGUUAGAGCACCUGGUUUGCCUCUUGUUGAUGAUUGGCAAUGCUUGAAAUCAAUGGUUCGUGUAUUUGAAAGUCACUGUGGAUCACUAACUCAAUAUGGAAUGAAACACAUAAGGGCAUUUGCCAACGUAUGUAACAGUGGCGUCUCACAAGGCUCAAUAGAGGAAGCUUGCGUGGCUACAUGUAGCUCCCAUGACCUGAAGCAAUGGCAUCCUAGGAACCGGGGUUAUAGCGCUAGAUGAAAGUUAAAUAUUUAGAAACAUUUUAAUAAUAUAAUACUUGUUUAGUAGUUCUACUCUUGUCUGUGGUGUAGCAUAGCUUUU